AUUGGAGAGGAUUGGAGGGGUCUGAUGUGGAUUUUGACUUGCUGGGGAUUUAAUCCCUGCCAAUGUGCUCCAAACCCUUUGAAACCCAGUGAAACCGAACAAGGCCUGAUGGGAUGGGGAUACCACUCUUCUCCUGACUAGCCAACCACUGAUUGGUUCGUGCGCAUGUGAUGCGUUGGAUGUGUUCUCUUCGUUCUUGGCCACCCCCCUCCAUUUCCUCCCCACAUCAAGGAUCAGUCCUGCCCCAAUCGCUCUCUCUCCAAACACACACCUACUCGUUUUUGCUGUGCCCAAUUAAGUCCCUCCUCUGUUUCUCUGUUCCAUCCUCCCUUCUCAAAGAUUCAAACAAAAGCUUCACAAGGACAAGGAUGAGCUCCUUGAGCUCCAUUGCCGUCUCAAGAAGUAUAGGAGACGGUACACGAAGCCACAUGUUGUGACUUGUGAUCCCUCACGACACCGCCAUUGGUGACUGGUGAUCCUAAGCACCCCACAUUCUCUUCUUCCACCUUGUCUUUAGAUCGGGUCCGGCGGGAGCCGUGAGCCACCACACCAUGCAUGCUGCCAUCAACUACGCAGCCCUGUCGCCCCUGCAGCUCCCGCUCCCCUACCUGCCACCCCCACUGCCGCCAUUACUGCCGCUGCUGUCGCCGCCGCCUCCGGCGACCGUCGAUGCAGGCUUUCAGAGCAGGAUCAGCCCCAAGAUCCUUCUCAUCGUCUUGAUCUUGGCCGUGAUCUUCUUUGUCUCCGGCCUCCUCCACUUGCUCGUCUGGUUGUUGUUCCGCCCGACGCCGCGUGACCCUGGCGACGCCGGGAGCAGCGCCGCGAACGCGACCGCCUUCCACGGGCAGCUUCAGCAGCUGUUCCAUCUCCAUGACGCCGGCGUCGACCAGUCUUUCAUCGACGCGCUGCCGGUAUUUCUCUACGGCGCGGUCGUGGGCGCUGGAGGGAAGGACCCCUUCGAUUGUGCGGUCUGCUUGUGUGAGUUCGCCGACGACGACCGCCUCCGCCUGCUCCCCAAGUGCAGCCACGCCUUCCACGUCGAAUGCAUCGACACGUGGCUUCUAUCGCACUCUACGUGCCCGCUCUGCCGCUGCAGCCUCCUGGCCGACUUCUCGCCGUGCGGCGGGGGCUGCAGCUCGCUGGUGUUUGUGCUCGAGUCUGGCUCGGAGGGCUCCGUCUCCGGCCGCGUCGACCGGCCGCCCCCUGCUCACCUCAGCCUGGUCAUGGAGCAAGACGAAGGAUGUGAAAGUCAGACGCACUCAGAUGUCAAGGAGAAGGACGAGGUAGUCGUCCCCGUGAAGCUCGGCAAGUUCAGGAGCCAGGCGACGGAAGGAGGCGCGGGAUGCAGCUCCAACCCCGACCAAGAUGUGAGGCGGUGCUACUCCAUGGGGACCUAUGAGUACGUCAUGGACCAGAGCUCCCUGCUCCGUGUAUCCGUGAAGCCGCCGGCGGCCAUGCUGUCGAAGCCCACGAUGGACAAGAAAGAGAGCUUUUCCAUCUCCAAGAUAUGGAUGCGGGGUGGGCUGCGGAGGAAGGACGGCAGCGCGGCCCCGUCAGGCUCGUCGUCGCGCCGCGCGUCGUCGUUCCGGCUGCCCUCGGCGCUCCAGCGCGCGGCGAGCGACAUCGGGGCGCCGAAGCGGCGGGCGGACGUGGUGAGCCCCGUCACCGAGUCCGAGUACAACGUGUCGGCGUGGGACAAGAGCGGGAGCGGCAGCGUCGUGGAUUGGGACGUGGAAUCCGGCACGGCCGCCGGCGGGCUGAGGUCGAGGGCGGACGAGGCGCCUUCGUUCGCGAGGCGGACGCUGCUGUGGAUCAGAGGCCACCAGUGAGAAGAGAAGGUCGCAGAGUUCUUUGCUCCCCUGCUCCGAGCUGGGAUGGAUCCAGAUUAUCAGCGCGCUGGUUUGCUCUUUUUCUGUUCGAUCCGUGAGAUUUGAACCAUUUUGCGUGGGUGGAAUGCAGGGUUAAUGGUUUUACAGCUCAGAGUUUUUGAGAUGUCUCUGCAUCCGCAGAGCGUUCCUUUCACUAUCGUGUGUUAAUGUGCAUUGCUUCGACUA